CUGCCUGCUCUGCACAUUCCACAAGACACAGCGCCCCUAUGGGCUGGGGGGACACACUGCUGUCACCUCUUUACACCAUUAUACUGGACUGGAAGAGCUCUGUGUCUCUCUCCCUUCAUUUGGUCUCCGCUCAGGAACCCAGCAGUGAAUCUCAGACCCAGUCCGUGAGGGAAUCCUGCCCCUGGAAAGAGCUGUUUGACACAACAGGCAGUGGGAGGGAUGAGGUUCAUUCAGUUCAAGAGAGCCUCUGAGGUGAUGCCCCGCAUGGCUGCAGAGACCCGAAUGUCAACGACCCAGGGAAGAUGAUGACUCACUCGUCUCUAGUCCGCUACGGCCAAUAAAAGGCCAAGAAUAACACUGGAGUGAAGUCGCUCUGAGAAGCUGUGCUGUUCUCAGUCGCUGUCGAUACAAAGUCAGUCAUUGUUGCUCUUCAGCCCCCAGCCAGGGAUCAGGAAUAGCUUCAACCACCCCUCUGCGUUCAGGACACAAUGCCCCUAUUGAGAAGAGCACCCUUAGGGUUAGUGCAUGCAAUGCUGCGGAGUAGCCCUUUACACACUGCUCCCAUCCUACAGCAAGCUCUGCAGGCCUGUUACGCCCAGUGGGGUAUUGUGGGGGAUCUCUUAAGGAUCAAAUAAGGAUCCUGGGAGAUCUCAUAAGGAUCAGCAGAGUGGCAGGGCCUGGUCGUGAGGACAGGUGAGUUGAAACAAGUCUUCCUGCUUAUUACCUGGGAUUAAUGCAACUCUACACUGGUUCUUUUACUCUCACUGUUUUUUCUCUCACACUCUCUUUCACUCCUCUCACACUCAUCCCUCUCUUACACUCUUCUCUUUCUCCCUCACAUUCCUCAUCUCUCCUGAGGCACUCUGUGCAGGAGGUGAAUAAUGUUCAGAAGGAGAGUUUCCACCAGCAGCACCAGGUGCCCUGUCUGCUCCAGCAGUCUCAGAGUGCGCUGCUCAGCCUGGACUUGCUGGGUGGGCCAGUGAGGGAAUACCAGCUGCCCCUCUUCACCCUAGCGGAGCAGAGCGGCAAGGCCCAGGUUAGCCCCGCCCUCCAUGGAGCCUGUCCAACCAAGAGAGAGAUCAGUGACAUCACUAGGGACAUACCGCAGACUCUCACAACCAAUCAGGAUGGACUUCUGUUCUGGAAUAAAAACAUUGUACUUAUCCGGCCACUUUGAAAGUGUAAAUAUAAUCCCCUCACAGAGGUUACUUACAAAGAAAAUAUGAGUCCUGCUCCUCGCAGCAGGACACAGUUCAUAUUAAUACUGGGAAGUCAGGCACAAGCCCAGUCUCGGGUAGUCACGUCAUCAUUCUGAAGAAAGAAGAGAUCGCAUUAGACCAGUAAGAGCUUCACUAGCAUUCACACUCAAUCUGAGCCACACUGGGAUCUGCAGCUUCAUCACCCUGGUACACCAAUGACCCAGUUUUAUGAUUUAAGUUGGAUCUGUGGCCUGGAGAGCAAUGCCCGCUGAUCAGGGCCCUGGUGUGCACUGGCACUCUUAUGAAGCUGGCUCUGCCUUCCAGUGUGCAGAAUCAGUACGAGACUCUGAAGAAGCUCUACACUGGCUGCCAGGUGGUGCAGGGAAACCUGGAGAUCACUCACCUGCAGGGGGUGCUUGACCUGGACUUCCUCAAGGGUAUCACGGAGGUGCAGGGCUACGUUCUCAUCGCUGACACGGCCGUUGAUUUCAUUCCUCUGGAGAAUCUCCGCAUCAUCCGCGGCACUCAGCUCUACCAGGACACCUUCGCCCUGUCGGUGCUGAACAACAGCAUGCUGAGGGAGCUCCGCAUGAGGAACCUGACUGAAAUCCUGCUAGGAGCAGUGAAGAUUUCUGGGAAUUCUCAACUGUGCUAUCCAGAGACUGUUAAAUGGAAAGACGUUCUGGAUCAGGGCAACAAAUACAACGUGAUCAUUGAUACAGCAUCACGCACAUCAGCCUGUGCACCAUGCUCUGCAGCCUGUAAUCAGUCCUGCUGGGGGGCUGGAGAGCAGCACUGUCAGACAUUGACUCACCAGUGUGCCUCGGGCUGCCAGCGCUGUAAGGGAUCCCUUUCCAGUGACUGCUGCCAUCAACAAUGUGCUGCCGGCUGCACCGGGCCCAAAGACACUGACUGCCUGGCAUGCCGACAUUUCAAUGACAGCGGCACCUGCAAGGAAAACUGCCCGCCCCUGACUGUCUACAACCCUGUCACCUACCAAUCAGAUCCCAACAAGGACAGGAAGUACAGCUUUGGAGCCACCUGUGUCACUGAGUGCCCAUAUAAUUACCUUGCCACGACUGUGGGCUCCUGCACUCUCGUGUGCCCGCCUGACACUCAGGAGGUGAUAGUGAAUGGGGAGCAGAAGUGUGAAAAAUGCAAUGGCCCAUGUCCUAAAGUCUGUGAUGGUCUUGGGAUGAAUUCCCUCAGAGGGGUCCUUGCUGUCAACUCCUCCAACAUCGAACGCUUCAUCGGCUGCUCCAAGAUCUUCGGUGACCUGGCCUUCCUGCCAGAGACUUUCCAGGGUGAUCUAGCAACAAACACAUCUGCCCUGGAUCUGAGGAAACUGAAUGUGUUUAAGAGCGUCACAGAGAUCACAGGGUUCCUUUACAUUGAAGCCUGGCCUGAUAACUGGACCGAUCUGAGUGUCUUUGCGAACCUUGCUGUGAUUCGCGGACGCAUGCUGUACAGGGGUGUGUUUGCUCUUGGAAUUCAGAAACUGAACAUUGAGGCACUGGGUCUUCGCUCGCUGAAAGAGGUCAGUGGGGGUCUGGUUCUGAUCCACCAGAACCCUAGGCUCUGCUAUACGUCCACAAUCCUCUGGGAAACCAUCUUCAAGAACCGGCAGCCAGAGGUCAUCCAGAGUGCCAACAAAGCAGCUGAGCUCUGCGUGGCAGAAGGCAGGGAGUGUCACCACCUUUGCACCAAUGGGAGUUGCUGGGGGCCAGGACCCAGCCAGUGUGUUUCCUGUGAUGGUUUCCUACGCGGACUUGAGUGUGUCAAGUCAUGUAACAUCCAUGAGGGGGAUGACCGGGAGCAUGUCGAUGGCUCACACUGUGUUUCCUGCCACUCGGAGUGUCUGCCACAGAACAACAGCUACACCUGCACCGGCCCGGGUGCUCAUCAGUGUCUAGAGUGUCGUCAUUUCAAAGACGAGCUGUCCUGUGUGGAGAGGUGCCCCAGUGGGGUGAAGGGGGAGGACUUUGUCACCAUCUGGAAAUAUCCCAAUGACAACAAUGUGUGCCAGACUUGCGAGAGCAACUGCACUCAUACAUGCUCCACACUGGAUGAGAAGGGCUGCCCUAUCAACCAGAAACCUGGCCCAGGCACCUCCAUCGCUGCUGCAGUGGGUGGGGUCAUGCUGUUCCUUAUCCUGUUGGCCCUGCUAGUGACCUACCUGAGGAGACGCAAACACCUGAAGAGGAAGGAGACUAUGAGGAGGUUACUGCAGGAGCAUGAGCUGGUGGAGCCUUUGACCCCCAGUGGCGCCCUGCCAAACCAAGCCCAGAUGAGGAUCUUGAAGGAGACAGAGCUGAAGAAGGUCAGAGUGUUGGGAUCGGGAGCAUUUGGGACCGUGUACAAGGGAAUCUGGGCUCCGGACGGAGAGCAUGUGAAGAUCCCUGUGGCCAUCAAAGUGUUGCGGGAAAACACAUCACCCAAAGCCAACAAGGAGAUCCUGGAUGAAGCAUAUGUGAUGGCGGGGGUUGCCAGUCCCUAUGUGUGCCGCUUGCUGGGGAUCUGCCUCACCUCCACAGUGCAGCUAGUGACUCAGCUCAUGCCCUAUGGCUGCCUUCUGGACUAUGUAAGAGAGAACAAGGACCACAUCGGCUCCCAGUACCUGCUCAACUGGUGUGUGCAGAUUGCCAAGGGCAUGAGUUACCUGGAGGAAGUGCGAUUGGUGCACAGGGACCUGGCAGCCCGCAAUGUGCUUGUGAAAAACCCCAACCACGUGAAAAUCACUGAUUUUGGCCUCGCACGACUGCUGGACAUCGAUGAGACGGAAUACCACGCUGACGGAGGGAAGGUCCCAAUAAAGUGGAUGGCUCUGGAGUCAAUUCUACACAGGAAGUUUACACAUCAGAGUGAUGUCUGGAGUUACGGAGUCACCGUUUGGGAGCUAAUGACUUUCGGAGCAAAGCCGUAUGACUUGAUCCCAGCUCGAGAAAUUCCGGAACUCCUAGAGGGGGGGGAGCGGCUCCCCCAGCCCUUGAUCUGCACCAUCGAUGUUUACAUGAUCAUGGUGAAGUGCUGGAUGAUCGACCCGGAGAGCCGGCCCAAGUUCCGAGAGCUGGUGACGGAAUUCACUGGCAUGGCGCGAGACCCGCCCCGAUACGUGGUCAUCCAGAAUGAUGAGCAGAUGAAUCUGGCCAGUCCAGUCGACAGUCACUUUUUCCGCACGUUGCUGGAGGAGGAGGAGAACAUCAAAGAGCUCCUGGACGCUGAGGAGUACCUUGUCCCCCAGCCAGGCUUCUUCGGAACUGGAACAGAACCGUCCACCAACGGGAGAACUAGGGUCCCGUCCAACGGGAGCACUGACCACAUUCUGGAGGGGGAGGGGACUUCAGGGGGCAGAAGUCUGUACUCCUCAGUCACCACUCUGGGGCAGAGCCAGUAUCCCACACUGCCUCGUGGUGGGCAUGGCCAGUACCCCUUGGUGUCAACAGGGGGGUGGAGUCAGUACCCCUCUCUGGCCCGUAGUGUCUCCGAGCGCUCUGCCGGGGGGUAUUCAGACUCUGUGUUUGUGGAGGGAGACAGGGCAGCAGGGCCACUGCCCCACAAUGCCCCCUGCAGGGACAAUAGCAUAGCACAAAGAUACUGUGAGGACCCCACACUGAGCCUGGGGCAGGACACUGAAGGAGACCUGGAGAUCGAUGGCUACAUCACCCCUACCUCCACACUGUCCCGGCCUGAGUAUAUGAACCAGGCGGAUCAGAGCCCAUGUUCCGGCAGUCUGGCUCAGCGACGGCAGGACAGUUGGACCCUGGAGCGGCCAUGCCCUGUGCCCGGACAGAGCUCCUCGAGAGAGGGAGGCAAGUGCCUGCCCAACGGGUUCGGGGGCGCAGUGGAGAACCCUGAGUAUCUGAGCCUCCAGGAGCCCCCCGGCAGCAGCUCCCCUGCCUUUGACAACCCCUACUAUUGGGACAUGGACCCAGCAGGAAGGCCCGGUGCGGGGCUCACACCUGCAGAGGUAAGCAGCUUCAGCACCCCCACAGCAGAGAACCCCGAGUACCUGGGGCUGGCAAAGGCCUGGAGUGGGGUGAGGGAGCCUCGCUCCUAACAGACUGGGAGGAAAGGCAGGGCUGUGCAGAUGCUCCUCUGGAGGGUAGUGGCCAGGAGAAAGAGGAUGGGCUUUAUCACUGAAGGUGAUUGGAAGAGCUGGCAGUCAGGCAUGCUGCACCUCCUGGUUAUUUAAAGAGUUAAUUUAUCGGUAUUCUCUGGAAGUGACAUGACUGUCUUUUAGCUGCCGCUAUCCAGCUUUCAGUCUAUAUAGUAACCAGUUUGCUCUUUCUUCUACCUUCAUGAGUAACAAGAUGCUUGGUUAUCAUUCUUUACGUGAAAAGCAGGAAAGGUGUUCAAUCCAGUCCUGCACAAUAGGAUCGAACUGCACUGCAGUGGCACAGAACUUUAUUACACAACAGAACCACCCCCUGUGGAGAUCCAAGAGACUUCUCUUUUGGUCUCUUAUCUCAAUGGCAGCCAAAAGGAAACUGUUCUCAGAAAUAACCUCCUCAGUGUCAGCAGCUAAUUGCUCUACUGUUUAAAAAGCAGUGGCUUUACCACUAUAGGGGAUCAAACCAGUCACAUGUGAAUAACAGAAAGCAAAUCCACAGUCCUGAAAGCAUUUUAACAGUUAGUGUUGCCACCAUGUGGCAACAUCCUGGGGGUUUUCAAAGCAAUCGCUAAAGAACCUGUAGUGAAAUACUGGAACUCGCUCUCCAUUCUUGCUAGUCAGAUCUUCCCUGGUAGUGCCACAUGGUUUUUCGAUUGAAGGACUGCAGGGCCUCUCUUGUAUAUUUCUACACACAUACUGAGAAAGUGAUACAGUGUACAGGUAAUGUGUACGUCAAUCAGAAUAUUGUGUACCUGAUGCAGGUACUGAAUUUUAAACAAAUAAUGUGUGCAAGUAUUAAACAUUGUAUGUGUGUAAUAUAUAUAUAACACUGUGAGCAACCCUCCUGGUUAACAAACUCAAUAAAUAAAUGCAGGUCCAAUAUAUAGCUAAAUAGGCACUGAACACCUUGCACAGGGAACGUGUACCUGACAAUCGGAGGAAGUUUUUUUUUAAAUUUUUGUUACCAAAAGGGAGCUAUGGAGGGUCACUCAGUGACUGUUAUUUCUUCAGAUGCAUUUAAACAAAUUGUAAAAACCGAAAACUGUAUAUUUUAUACCUGUACAUUUUUUUAUGGUACAAAAUGUGGACAAUGCAAUAAUAUGAAUGACUGCUGUUGCACUUUUGGUAUUUUAAUUAUUAUUAGAUUGCUCACAUUUCACGCUAUGUUACAAAUCCUAUCAAAGCUAAUGGCCUGUAACUGUGUUUGCUUUGUGGACUGUUGGGAAGGGUUGAUGAUGUAAUACUUUUUCAAUUCUUCAGCUGCCAGUUACUAAUAAUUUAAUGGCGUUUCUCAUUUCCAAUUGUACAGCUUGGAUGGAUGGAAAAUAAAUGUACUCUUUUUUA